UCUGAGCACUGGGCACAGCUACCCCCCACCCCCUCGUGCGCUCCUUCACUCUUCCAUUAAUACCCUUUCUCUCUCUCUCUCUCUAACAAUUUUAACUUCUUUUUAUAUUCACACAGUUUUUCUCUACUGCCUCUUCAUUUUUUCCUCUCCUCUGUCACACCAAUGGUUUCUCUUCCCACGCUCCUCUCCUUCGCCGCCAUCCUCGCCGGCUUCCUCCUCCUCCGCCGCGCCUCACGCCGCCGCCACCUCCGCCUGCCGCCGGGGAGCUACGGCCUCCCGUUCAUCGGCGAGACGCUGCAGCUGAUAUCCGCGUACAAGAGCGACAAUCCGGAGCCCUUCAUGGACGAGCGCGUGCGGCGGUACGGACCGAUCUUCUCGACGCACGUGUUCGGCGAGGCGACGGUGUUCUCGGCGGACCCUGAGACGAACCGGUUCAUUCUCCAGAACGAAGGGAAGCUUCUGGACUGCAGUUAUCCCGGUUCGAUAUCGAACCUGCUCGGGAAACACUCUCUUCUGUUGAUGAAAGGCACUCUCCACAAGAGAAUGCACUCACUCACCAUGAGCUUCGCCAACUCCUCCAUCCUCAAGGAUCACCUUCUCCAUCACAUCGAUCGCCUCAUCUGCCUCAACCUGGAUACCUGGUCCAAUCGCGUUCUGCUCAUGGAACAGGCCAAGAAGAUAACAUUUGAGCUGACAGUGAAGCAGUUGAUGAGCUUUGACCCUGAUGAAUGGACUGAGAGUUUAAGGAAAGAGUAUGUUCUUGUGAUUGAAGGAUUCUUCACCGUCCCUUUUCCUCUAUUCUCUACCACAUACCGCAGAGCCAUCAAGGCAAGAACAAAGGUGGCAGAGGCACUAACUUUGGUAGUGAGGCAGAGGAGAAAAGAGUAUGAAGAUGGAAAAGAGAAAAAGAAUGACAUGCUUGGGGCACUGUUGGCCUCUGGUGACCACUUUUCCGACGAGCAAAUAGUGGAUUUUCUGUUGGCUUUGCUCGUCGCCGGUUAUGAGACCACCUCUACCAUAAUGACUCUCGCUAUCAAGUUCCUCACUGAGACUCCUCUGGCCUUGGCACAGCUCAAGGAAGAGCAUGACCAAAUCAGAGCAAGGAGUGACCCACAGGCACCACUGGAAUGGACGGAUUACAAGUCAAUGGCAUUUACUCAAUGCGUUGUAAAUGAGACCUUGAGGGUGGCAAACAUAAUUGGUGGGAUAUUUAGGAGAACAACGACAGACAUCAACAUAAAAGGUUACACUAUUCCUAAGGGAUGGAAGGUCUUUGCAUCAUUUCGUGCUGUGCAUCUGAAUCCUGAACAUUAUAAAGAUGCACGCACAUUCAAUCCCUGGAGAUGGCAGAGUAACUCAUCAGAAUCAGCAAAUCCUGGGAAUGUUUAUACACCGUUUGGAGGAGGACCACGGUUGUGCCCUGGCUAUGAGCUAGCCAGAGUUGUACUUUCUGUCUUCCUUCACCGUUUUGUCACUCGCUUCAGUUGGGUUCCUGGUGAGGAAGAUAAGUUGGUGUUUUUCCCAACAACAAGGACGCAGAAGAGGUAUCCUAUUAUUGUGAACCGUAGAGACUAAAGAGUGCAGACCAAUCUAUAGCAAUAUCAAAAUUAAGGGGACAACAGAUAGAGAAGGGCAAAAAGAAAGCCGAGAGUAAAUGAAUUUAAUAAGUUUAUGUUCAUUAUAUAGAAUAAAUAAUAAAAUUAUAUCUUUCAGUUUAGCAGUUCAUAUGUGGUUUUAAU